GAUUUAUGGACAUGAGUGGGGCUCUUCUCCAUCAGCAGCCCCUCAUUUGCGAGCGUGUCAGUGUUUGGGUGCAAUCCAUUACAGUCCACUCCCUCACAGCACCGAGCUGAGCUCCCUGCAGGCUGCACCUUCAGAUUUACACUCUGCAGCUGUAUCUCGCAGCUCCACCAUGGCGUCCAGGCGCGUCUCCUCUUCUUCUGUUCUCCUGCCUCAGCACAUUCCACCACAAACCGAGACGAAGCCCAAGGGACCCUCCUCCUGAAGUAGUGUGUAACACACACACACACACACACACAUUCACACACACACUGCACAAGGCUGCUCCUCAAAGAAGAACGUGAACUUGUGGCAGUUCUCACAGGCUCUAAAGUGGAGCUGGAGGUGCACGAGGAGCUGAAAGCUGCACACGGGCACUACAGCACUCACAUCUGCACACAGUCCACACAGGCGCGCGCGGAGUAACCUACUCAUCCAAACUACAAACUACAGAAGAAUCCAGUGGUGGAAAGCGAGAAAGUGUACGGAAGGCUGGAUACAGUGGGACAAUAAUGAGCACUGAGUUACACUGCUGGAGCACCGCUGGAGCACCGCUGGCACCGCGCUGUUGAUUCAUACUCCAGGAAUGAAGAUGAUGUGGCGAUGAAAAGGCAGCGCGAGCGCGCGCUCACAAGUGAAAGUGCUGCAUGGACACUGAGCUCGGGAGAGAGAGCAACCGGUGCGCUCGCUCGCCUCGUGUCAUGGGUCUGAGGGCAAGACUAAAGCUGAGAGUGAAGCGGCGCUACAUCGUGGCCUCCCUGUCUCUGCUUGUCCUCUCAGCGGUGAUGAUCAACACACACUCACCCUCCCCCUCUCAACAGAAGAGGCUGCCCUCACGACGGCCCCUCCAUAACCAGCCCACUGGGCUAAAAAGGACGGGCCCCAAACUACCUCUCCAUCAGCUACCUUCAAAUGGCCAUAGCGGAACCUGGAAGCUUUCUAAAAAUAAAGAUUCAGCCAAGCACCAACUAGUUGUUGGCCACCAUCAACACAGAGGCAACAAUGUGCAUGAAAAAGUCCAACAAGCAACGAAAAAGAAGAUGAAAAACAGUACAAAAAGGACAUUUACAAAAUCAAAACAAGGCAAAAGCAAACACUCAUCCCAGAUGUUUACAGCCAGUGCAAAGCGUAGACUUGCUAACAAACCAGGCAAUGGCAGUGACUUCAAAUAUGUCAUCCAGCUUCCUCUUCCCAGACCUGAUCAAACCAUACCACAGCCUGCCAGUGUGCAGAGUCUCCACCCUUACAUUAAGCCAUGCAGGCACAAAUGUACUCCAGAUGGGUCUAAGCCAGAGAAGCUGGUGGGGCAGUCUGCGGAACUUAAAUGGGGCCCAGGAAAAACCAAAACACAUGAAAGACAAGCAAAGCCAGCUGAGAAGAGGAGGCACCACUUUCCGGUGGAGAACAACAGUAUCUCUGGGGCAGGGGCUGAGGGAAAGGGCUUUAUGGCUGGUUGGUGUGAAACCUCACAUAAUAAAGCUGAAGGCUUGAACUGGACCAAAGCAGAAUCUCUACCCUGGCUUAGUCGUGAAGAUGUGGAGAAGAUGCAUUUGCUUGCCAGGGGCACUGUGCUGAGCAAAGCCAGAAUUCCAGGCCAUGGACAAGUGCUCCAGGUGGGACUUGGUGGUCACAAUGAUACUUCUUCACUAGUUGGGGGCCAUAGCAAAAUCUGCCAAACAGGAAACUGUGCUCUAAUCAAGCGCCCCAGUGACUGGUUUGAGGUAUUUGCCUUCCACUUAGACAGGGUCCUGGGUCUGAACAGGAGUCUCCCUGCAGUGCUAAGGACAUUCCACAGCGAUCACCUUCCAUAUAAAUAUACCAAUGGUUCUCCGAGACCUGUGGUGUGGUGGGACCCAGAUAUUCAGCAUCUAGAUGAUGAUGAUAAUGACCAGAACUCUUUCUCUCUCACCUGGCCCCAGUACCAGGCUUUACUGAAGACCAGGUGUGGCAAGAAGGUGCCUUUGAACUCAUCUGGGUGUGUAGGAGUGCACCAUUCAGAGUGGGCACGACUGGCGCUGUUUGACUUCCUGCUACAGGUGAAUGACAGACUAGACCGAUACUGCUGUGGCUUCCGGCCCGACCCUGCUGAUAUGUGUGUGGAAAACCUCCUGAAUGUCAAAUGUGCAAACCCCAAAGAUUUAAUGCUGGUGCACAUUUUGGUUCGGGGGUCUGAUCCCUCUAGACUGGUCUUCAUAGAUAAUGCAGGCAGACCGCAUCACCCACACGACAACCUUAACUUCAGACUGGUUGAGGGCAUUUAUGAGUUUCCAGAGAGAGCCAUACGAGUGCUGCGGUCAGGCUGCCUGGAGCAGCUGCUCUUGCACUCGCUGUCUGUGGAUAAGGAGCUGUGGGAGAGCAGAGGAGGAGCACCAGGCCUGAGAGCCACCAUCCACACCAUCCAGCAGAGAGCCAGAGCCCUACUGCAGCACCUCCAGGAGAAGAGACUUAACACUAACAUGUGGAACUAAUUUAACUAAAAUUAUCUUACUAUUUCCAAAGAAAGGUAAAGUUUGCAAGUAGUGGUUUUAAAGAGCUCUCUGCAUAAGGGCAUACCAAAUAUGGUGCUGCACUUGGUUGGACUAUGCACAAUGAAGUCUCUCUGCUGUGCAGUCAUGAGAAAAGAUUUGUACUAGUAAGGCUGUAAAACUUGUUAUCUUGUUGUGUGUCCUCAAAAAUAUGAAAGAAGGGGUCCAAAUAUGUCUAUGAUCAAAUCUCUUAGUCAUCUGUGGAGUGUAGAGAACCGAAAGGCACAGCCAAGGGAGGGAAAUGGCCUCUAAGCUCUGCUACAUUGCUC